CUAAACGACACUUUCGGCACGGGGGCAGUCGGCUGCUGGGUCCUGGAGAGCCAGCGCUCUGACGACAGCUCCUACACGGACCUUACACGUCAGCCUUAAAUCACCAGUUUGCGCAAAGGCCUGUUACAUGUGGCCCCAUUUAUUAAGGAACGGACAACCGUGGUCACUGAAAUCUGGCUGUCCCUUCUCAAAUGAUCCUUAAACCAGACACAUCACCCGCUCCACUCCGGCCAUGAAAUUAGUUUGUUUUAUUUUUUAAAAACCUGACGAUUUAAAGAUCAUCUUAAUUAUCUCCGGGUCCUAUGACCCAGUGGCGUGAUGCUGAAAGACUGAAACAGAUCGUAAUAAGGAUCAUCGAAAACUGUUUAAGAAUUCAGUCCGGUUGCGUCCAAAAAACUUGAACGGUGACUUCGGUGGCGGUUCAUUAAAUAACUCGAUAAAAAAAAACAGCGCCCUGUUUUGGAGAAGCCCCGGCUGACGGGGCUGAACUCAGACGAUCAGACGAAUAAUUUCGUUGUUUUUGUUCCACGCACGGCCGCCGGUGAGGGAGGCGCUUCGCUCUGAUUUCUCCGCGCUGAUGGGCUCAGGUGCGCUGUUGCUAUAUAACGGGCUCACCAGACACCUGCGCCCAAAGGUUUCCUGACGUUUGCGAGUUCAGGGCUGCUGCGCUUGUGUGGGUAUCGAUAAUCGUCACCAGUCCAGGAUGGUUUCCCAGCUGGAGAGCGCGAUGGAGAACCUCAUCCGGGUCUUCCACAAGUACUCGGGCAAGGAGGGAGACAAGUACAAGCUCAGCAAGGCCGAGCUGAAGAGCCUGCUGCAGGGGGAGCUCAGCGACUUCCUGGCGGCCAGUAAGGACCCCAUGGUGGUGGACAAGAUCAUGAAGGACCUGGACGAGAACCGGGACGGCGAGGUGGACUUCCAGGAGUUCGUGGUCCUGGUGGCCGCGCUGACCGUGGCCUGCAAUGAGUUCUUCGAGGAGGGCCUGAGGAAGAAAUGAGCCUCUCGGGGCCCCCUGGCCUCCAGUCUGUGCCUUUCCUCUAAUAAAUGACAUAACCUUCCA